UUCUUCUAAAAAUAUGCCAGAACAAAUAUUUAAUAUAUAUUCAAUACCUUUAUAUAAACCCCUAUCCACAUGAAAAUCCAAUCACACCAAUACAUUCCCAUCUCUAUCAAGUUAAAUUAGCUAGCAACAAAGAAAUUAAAAUGGCAAAGCUAGGCUCCAUUGGUGUGAUCCUAACAAUCUCAUGCUUGCUAGCAUCGACACUAUACGUCAAUGCUAGAAAGCAAGGCCUCGAUAUUGCGGAGGAUUUCCUAGAUUUCCCCCGCAAAGACUUCUACCUCGAAAAAGAAAAGGUUGUGAAGUUCCGCGUCUUUGUUCAGGAUCUCAGUGUAAAUCACCCCAACACCACCACGUACGACGUGGCGCAGGCCUCCAUCACCGCAACCUCCCCGACCGGCUUCGGCAAAGUCCGCGUCAUCGACGACCUGGUCACGGCGCAGCCGAAUGGCAACUCCAGGGCGCUCGGCCGCCUCCAAGGGCUCCUCACGAGAUCCGACCUAACGACGCUCGCGAUCUCAGUGAACCUCAACUUGUACUUCUCGGCGGGGCCUUAUGCCGGCAGCAUCAUUAGCCUCCUCGGCCGGAACCAAAUCGCGCUGGCCGAGCGGGAGCUCGUGGUCGCUGGCGGCACCGGUGUCUUCCGAUUUGCUCGUGGAUAUGCAAUUCAGAAGACUAACUCUACGCGCACAAACGUAUCGGUGUUGGAAUACAACAUCUACACAACCUACAAUGCUAAACUCAAUGAGGUUGAUGAAAUGUGAGGGAAAUAUCAAGUCCAUAUAGAUAGUGGGAUAAAUUUGUGUAAGUGCACGAGUUUGCAUUUGAUUUCUUUUUUUUUUUUUGAUGAAAUUACAUUAUAAAUAAUACAAACCACGCACACACCCCACCUAGUGGUUAUUGUGGCCGAGAGUAUUCGAACCUGUGACCUCUUGGACAACAGGCAACCACCCCAACCACUAGGCCAUCCCAAGGGGACUUUGCAUUUGAUUUCUUUGUUGCA